AUGGGAAAGGUUCACGGAUCCCUCGCUCGUGCUGGAAAGGUCAAGUCUCAAACACCAAAGGUUGAGCCACAAGAGAAGAAGAAGCGCCCUAAGGGACGUGCCGCCAAGAGAGAGAAGUUCACUCGUCGUUUCGUUAACGUUACUAUGACCGGUGGCAAGAGAAAGAUGAACCCCAACCCAGGAGCAUAA